UUUCUUUAGUGGAGCCUGUGCGUCACUCUCCACUAACCUGGCUCGGACAAACCGCAGGACUGCUCAACUGCUCCUGAAACACGAACAAUGGGUUGGCAGGGGCGCGGAUGGCUCGUCUGUGCGAGUUUUCUCGGGUUUGUGGCGUCGGUGCAGAGCAUAUCGCGGGGAGAGCUUUUUCCUUUCGGUCCGAGCGCGAGCGACCGGUUACUGGAAGCAGGGAAUGACCAGACGCACCGACUUCAACUGGACAAGCCAGUUUUGUUUUAUGAUGGCACUUUCGACAGCAUCUUUAUCAACACCAAUGGUUUUGUUGCCACAGCAGAGCCAACGAGCGAGUCGACGUAUCUUGGCAGUAUGCCCCCAAAAUUCGGCAUGCUUGCAGCUCUGCAAGGAGACCUGGACACGAGUGAUGGUGUGGGGAAGGUUUACUUCCGUCAAGACUCCAGUCCUGAUGUUCUAACUCGUGCAGCCGUUUACAUCAACAGGGCCUUCCCCGAGGAUGACGAAGUCAAUCCCACCCACGUUGUGGUGAUCACCUGGGCUGAUGUGGCCCCGCAUGCACCUCAGAGCAGAGGAGAUGGAAUUGAAAAGAAGAGAAACACCUUCCAGCUGGUUAUUGCGUCCCUUGAGACUGCAUCGUAUGUUGUUGUCCUGUAUGCAAGGGAUGGAAUACAGUUUUCCUCUACGUCCGUACAAGACAGUAAUGUGGUCUUGCAUGCUGGCUUCAGUAAGGGUUUCGUCCGAGGUUUCCUGCUUUCACGUCAGGGUCCAUACUACCGCACCACCACUGAUGAUGAGGCAUCCAUAAGAGCUUUAGCAGAGGAGACCAACUCAGGAGUGCGGGGUGUAUGGGUGUACGAGAUUGGAACAUCUCCCUAUUUUACCAAUGUAGCUCCAGGUGAGGUCACUGACCUUCCCACUGAGGCUACACCUACUCCUGGGGGCAAGGAGGAGGCCGCUGAUAUAAGAGAGUCUGUUUAUACAAUCGGACAGCAUGUGCUGUUCCCGUCUUAUGAGGCAGAAGGGCCGCAGAUCGUAGUCCAUCCAGUUCAAUACCAGCCACUUCAGCCUGACAACCCAGAAGUCUUGGUGGUGGACGACACAGAUAUAAAUGUAGAUGUGUUCUCCUACAACCUGGGGACUUGUGCAAACAACAGAAACAAGUGCUCCCAGUUUGCUGACUGCCAGGACCACUCCAGUGGAUACUGCUGCAACUGCAGACCUGGCUUCUAUGGCAAUGGGAUCCAGUGUGUGUCAGAGGGAAAGCCACAGAGGAUGAAUGGUAAAGUGCACGGAAAAGUGCAUGUCGGCAAUUCUCCUUCUCCACUGGAGUUCACCAGCAACGAUCUCCACUCAUACGUUGUGGUAAAUGAUGGCCGUUCUUACGUGGCCAUCAGUGACAUCCCUUACAACCUCGGACCCUCGCUGCAGCCGCUGUCAGCCCUUGGUGGGGUGAUUGGGUGGGCGUUUGCUCUGGAGCAACCAGGCUUCAAGAAUGGCUUCAGUAUUAUUGGGGGGGAGUUCACACGGCAGGCUGAGGUGACCUUUCUGCCAGGGAAUGAGAAGUUGACCAUCAGGCAGGAGUUCAAAGGCAUUGAUGAGCACGACCACCUGGUGGUGAGCACCACCAUGGAAGGCCGGGUCCCUGAGGUGCCUUCUGGAUCCACCGUGCAGAUCGACCCUUACUCUGAGAUCUACCAGUACAGCAACAAUUUGAUCACUUCGUCCUCCACUCGGGAAUACGUAGUGAGCCUGCCUGAUGGCUCUACUGACACCAGGACAUACCAGUGGCGUCAGACCAUCACCUUUCAGAGCUGCCAGCAUAGCGAGUCUUUGAGAGACAUGAAACCGACCCAGAUGCUCAGCGUGGACCAGGUCUUCGUCAUGUACGACGCUAGCAAUGAACUCAUCCGUUUCGCCAUGAGCAACAAGAUCGGGGAUGUCAAUGGAGGGCAGCCGCAGGAGAACCCAUGUUUCACUGGAAGACAUGGCUGUGACACCAACGCUGUGUGCAGACCUGGACAGGGAAUCCAGUUCACCUGUGAGUGUGCUGCUGGCUUCAUGGGUGACGGCCGCACAUGUUAUGACAUUGAUGAGUGCAGAGAGAAUCCUCAGUCCUGUGGCUCCCACGCCAUCUGCAACAACCAGCCCGGGACCUUCCGCUGUGAAUGUGAAGAUGGGUAUCAGUUUGCCGACGACGCGCGGACCUGCGUUGAGGUGAAUCGGCCCGUGGACGCUUGUGAAGAAGGCACUCAUACCUGUGACAUUCCUGAGCGCGCUCAGUGCAGCUACACUGGAGGCUCAUCCUACAUCUGCUCCUGCCUGCCAGGGUUUAUAGGAGACGGUAAAGUCUGUCAAGACAUAGAUGAGUGCCAGCCAGGUAGGUGCCAUCAGGACGCUGUGUGUUAUAACACCCAGGGAUCAUUUACCUGCCAGUGCAAGCCAGGUCACUAUGGCGACGGCGUCUACUGCUCUCCAGAGAGGACAAAAACACGAUGUGAGGCCCACAGAGACAAUCUCCUGGGUGUGACAGAGUUUGGUCCACGGGGCCCCCGACCCCCUGUUGGACAGUACAUCCCUUCAUGUGACGAGAACGGAGCCUAUGAACCCAUGCAGUGCCACGGCAGCACAGGGUACUGCUGGUGCGUGAACCGAAAUGGGCAGGAGAUCCCUGGGACUCGCGCUGGACCUGAUACCAGACCGAUGUGUAUUGACAAUGGUGGUGUGCCACCACCUGUUGGACCCACCACUAGACCAGAUGUCCACCCCCUGCCUCCAGGAACACACCUGCUGUUUGCCCAGAGUGGCAGGAUAGAGCACGUCCCAAUGGAAGGUCAUGAUAUGAAGAAGGAUGAUGCCAAGGCUCUCCUCCAUCUGCCUGAGAAGGUAAUCAUCGGAGUGGCCUAUGACUGUGUGGAGAAAAUGGUCUACUGGACUGAAAUCACAUCUCCCUCAAUCAGCAAGGCCAGCAUCCAGGGGGGAGAGCCCAUUGCUGUCAUUAGAUCAGAUCUGGACAGUCCAGAGGGUAUCGCCAUCGACCACCUGGGACGAACUAUGUUCUGGACGGACUCUGUGAAGGAUAACAUCGAAGUGGCCUCUUUGGACGGCUCUCAGCGUCGUGUCAUUAUCAACUCUGAUCUUGUCAACCCCCGUGCUAUUAUCACCGACCCUCCCAAUGGUAAUCUCUACUGGGCCGACUGGAACCGCGAUGCCCCCAAGAUUGAGACCUCUUACAUGGACGGAUCCAACAGACGGGUGCUGGUUAAAGACGACCUCGGCCUGCCAAACGGCUUGACUUUCGACUCUCAGAGCUCUCUGCUUUGUUGGGCAGAUGCAGGCACACAUAAAAUGGAAUGCAUGCAUCCUGGCCACGGUGACCGCAGAAAGAUUGUGGAGGGGCUUCAGUAUCCAUUUGGAAUGACGUCUUUCGGGAAGAACAUCUACUACACUGACUGGCGGAGGGAUGCCGUGGUUGUCAUCGACCGCUACGCUAACAAGGAGUCAGACACGUUCCAGCCUCAGAAGCGGACCAAGAUAUACGGGAUCACCAUAGCCUAUUCCCAGUGUCCAUCAGGACAAAACUACUGUGCUGUGAACAACGGGGGCUGUACUCACCUCUGUUUAGCGACCCCUACCGGCCGCUCCUGCAAAUGUCCCGACAACGCAGUGGGUGUGGGCUGUGUGGAGUGAGACGGCGGGUACUGAAAAGAGGCAGCUGUGCUCUGAGUGUUGACACUGUUUGGAUGUUUGACCGCAAAUUAGGAGCCACUCAGCAUUACUAAACUAUAGCUGCUGAAAAAAAAUGCCACUGAAAACCAGAGGUGAACUUACUGUGCCUUUUAUUGCUCAGUGUUAUGCUUAUCUAAAUUUAUACAUUUAUAAAAAUCACAAAUGCCAUUGAGAAUUGUAAAUAUAAACACUAUUAUUUUGUCUUUUCCUGAGUGCACAUAAACUGAGAAUAAAGCUCAAGGGAUACAUAAUUUAAUGUGAAACUUCAUCACAGCAAUGCAUGACAUCAACUCGUGUGUUGCACUGUGGCACGUUUGGAUUAUCUUAUCUCGUGGAAGUAUUAUUGUGGAAUAGGACUAGUGUCUGUACAAGCUGGUGGGAUGAGUUUACAUGCUGGGCAGCAAAAGAAUAAACAUUUUUCUAACAUG